UUUGCUGCGCCCGGGGCUGGACGAGCCGGGGCAGGAGCCGGGCGCCGGGAGCCGUCCCUCCCGCCUGUGCCCGUGGGUAGCCGUGAUGGUCCCAAAAGGGAUUCCUCCUCCUUUUUGGCGCGUCCGCCGCCGGGAUUCGCGGGUGGCUGACGGUGUGCUGGACCAAACCGACUCCCGGGCAGAUGUCCCCACGGCCGCACGGGGAGACCGAGGUGGACGUAGCAGCAGAAGUACUUGAAUGACGUAGAAUGGCUUAGGACAGAGAAUCUGAAGAGAGUCAAGUUGCACAGUGAAAAAAUAUAUUUUUAUACCUAGCACAACUUCCUGUAUAUUUUGGGGGUUUUUUUUCUUUCUUUCUUUCCUUUUUUUUUUUUUUUUCGAUUUAGGUUUGUUUGUUUUAUUAAUUAUUAUUAUUAGGAAGGCAAACUUCUAAAAUGUGAAAGGGCGUUGGGUUUUUCCUUAUCUGGUAGAUGAGGGCAAGCAUUUUGCACUAAUGUUUCCUGUGUGUGGAGGAUUAAUGAUAUGUUUGAAAAUGUUAUGUGGAUAAUGAUUGUAUUCUUCCGAGAAAAAAAAAAGUAACCCCUUUAAAAUAUUGAAUGUAAAGUGAGAACAGAGCAGUCCAUCGAUUGUAUGCGGCUUUCCUGAGUGCCUUAGAAUUUUUUGAUCAUUUUUUUUUUUCCAAGGAAAACGGAUUAAGCAAAAUCAGAUCAUAACCAACUCCUUCCUCCUCUUUGUUUACGACACUAUUUUAAAUUAUAGAAUUUGGGGCUGCUUUAUAAUGUGAAUAGGAAAUUGCAUUCAUCUAGGUCUGAUAGUGUAAAAAAAAAAAAAAAAUCGAAGCAUCAGUAUUUAUGGUAUGUCUGCACCUUUAUUCUUAUGCUUGACUAUUAGCAAUAUUACAUGUAUAUUAUAUAUCUAAAGUUAUACCAAGCACCUUUAAAGAAAACGGAGCAUAAGCAUACGAGUUACAUGCAGCUGCCAUAUAGCGUAGACCUCAGACCCUCUCCUCGGCCUUAUGCCCGGCACUUCCAGUUUUGGCUGAGAGCUGCAGCAAACGUCCGGGGCCGGCGGUUCCCACGAUGUGGGGGCACCCCGGUCCUUCCGGGGCCAACGGUUCCUGUGAUGCUGGGAUGCCCCGAUCCCCUGGGGCCAGCGGUUCCCGCGAUGCCGGAGCGCCUCGAUCCCUCUGGGGCCGGCGGUUCCCGCGAUGCUGGUGCACCCCGAUCCCUCUGGGGCCGGCGAUGCAUUUCCUCAGUCGUUUUUACUGCUAAGGUUUUGUUCAGAUUGCUUAUUUUUAUGGAAAUGACUUGCUGCGAGUGGAGAAGGGUGUAUGGCCCAUUAACCAACUGCAAACGCAGAGACAGCCCCGCUUUGCUUCUCCCGGCAGUAAAUUCGAAACACCAAAUUGAGACAAGCAAGCGCCAAGCGCGCACGUUUCCGGGCCCAAGUCUAAAGCACUCAAAUUGGAAAACCCUCAAGUGUUCUGACGAGUUUCUUCCACUGUUACGCGUUUUGCACACGAUUGUGAUUUUUAUGUCAAAAAGAAAAGCCAAAACUUGCAAUACUAUUUUUAGCAGACAAAAAUAAAUAAAAAAACAACUAAGUAUAAAUGUAUAAAUAUUUUUGACUUGAACAUUUGGAUGGCACUUGAUUCAAAUAGAACAUUAAUCCUUUGGACAGAAUGUUUGGGAAAAAGGACUUAAAGUACAAGGUUGUUUUUAAAACGUCUUCAUAGGGUAUUAAGUAGUACUGUAAUUCAUGACUGUUAAAAAUACUUUCUGUGCUGUAAGAAGAAUCUCACAGUACCACUGAAUUAUGUUUCUCAACUGUCUCAGCCACGAAAGAUGCUAGCUUUUUUUUAUCGUGCAUUAUUCACUAGUAUUUAUGUGCUCUUACUCUGUAUAGUUAAGACUGUUAUUUUGUAGCCAUGGCUGACACAAUGUAUCAGUAACUUAAAAAAAAAAAAAUUAAGACACCCCCCCCCAGUUGGAACUGUGCUCAUAGCUGUUUUCAUAUGAUGAAAAAUCCAUUAAAAAAAAAAAAACCCAAUGUGAUCAUUAAUUGUAAAACGCUUUGUAAAAUUCACAUUUACAAAAUAAUAAAGUAAAUUCCAAUUAAAAGCUUCCCUUUUGCUCUGUUUUCUUUCUUUCCGGAUU